AUGCUUCCCACCACCACCACCAACGACAGAAAGCUCGGACACGGCCUCACCAACAAAAGAUGGCUAUACUGCAUAUCUUUCUGUGGCUGUAUCUCGGCUGUCUUUCUUAUAAUCAGUCUCGCAGCUUCGAGAAAUAUCCCUCCAACAAGACCCUGGUGGGAUGCCGAAACAGUCAAAACCCAUUAUUCGACAUAUCAGAAAGGCACUCAGGCUGCCACAAUAUUCCUCUUCUUGUCCGGGGCCCUCUUCCUCCCCUACUCCACCGCAAUCACUAGCCAGAUUCGACUCAUCCCCGACCUCAAUCCAGCCAUUGCAGAUCUCCAGCUUGCCAGCGCGAUAGCCGGUGUUUGGUUCUGGAUGAUAGGAGCCAUCUUAAUGUCACUGUUGAGUUUCCGGGACUACAGUGCUGAAAUGAUUCAAUUAAUCAAUGAUGCAAUGUGGAUGUCCCUCUGGCUGAACUGGCCUAUGUUUUCGAUGCAGUUCUGGACCAUUGCUUGGGCAAUUUUUGCGGACCGCAGCCCCGACCCGGUGUUUCCUAAGAUUAUGGGAUGGGUGAAUCUUCUUUCUCCCUUCGUGCUUGUGUUGGGGUCGGGUAUUCACAUACACCACACCGGUCCUUUUGCCUGGAAUGGUGGACUAGUGUUUUGGCCUACCCUUGUUGUUUUCGGUGCGGAAGUGAAUGGCUCUUGUUGGUGUAUGCUACGGAAUAUUCGAAGGGACCGGUACUAA